GCCAAGGCUCGAGCUGUCCCUCCUCCAGCUCUCAGUGUCACUGAACCACACCCAAUCUCCCAUCUGGGGACCCUGUCCCCUGCUCCUUGUGUUGCACGUUGGAUCUGGCCUUUCACGAAAGUCACCAGGAACUUCCCUCGUGGAGACAUAAGCCUCAGCUCUGGACCAUAGAAUAAUUUAAGGAGUAACCAAAUUGACACUCGGGAAAUGCUUGUCUCCUGCUGUUGAUGCUGUUGAUUUCAGAGUACUAUGGAUCAUGCUGAAGAAAAUGAAACUCUUGCAGCAACCCAGCGGUACUACGUGGAAAGACCCAUCUUCAGUCAUCCAGUCCUCCAGGACAGAUUGCACAAGAAAGACAAGAUUUCGGAUUCUAUUGGGGAUAAGCUGAAACAGGCAUUCACAUGUACUCCUAAGAAAAUAAGAAAUAUCAUUUACAUGUUCCUUCCAAUAACCAAGUGGUUGCCUGCCUACAAGUUCAAGGAGUAUGUGCUGGGUGACUUGGUCUCAGGCAUCAGCACAGGGGUGCUGCAGCUUCCUCAAGGGUUAGCCUUUGCAACGUUGGCGGCUGUGCCCCCGGUGUUUGGCCUGUACUCUUCGUUCUACCCUGUUAUCAUGUAUUGUUUUCUUGGGACCUCCAGACACAUAUCCAUAGGUCCAUUUGCUGUUAUUAGCCUGAUGAUAGGAGGCGUGGCUGUUCGAUUAGUACCAGAUGAUAUAUUUUGCCUAGGUGUCUGUAGGUUUGGAUUUGUGGCCAUAUAUCUCACCGAGCCACUGGUCCGUGGGUUCACCACCGCCGCAGCUGUGCACGUCUUCACCUCCAUGCUGAAAUACCUGUUUGGAGUUAAAACAAAGCGGUACAGUGGGAUCUUUUCGGUGGUGUAUAGUACAGUUGCUGUGUUGCAGAAUGUUAAAAACCUCAACGUGUGUUCCCUAGGCGUUGGGCUGAUGGUUUUUGGUUUGCUGUUGGGUGGCAAGGAGUUUAAUGAGAGAUUUAAAGAGAAAUUGCCAGCACCCAUUCCUUUAGAGUUCUUUGCGGUGGUCAUGGGAACUGGCAUUUCAGCUGGGUUUAACUUGAAAGAAUCAUACAAUGUGGAUGUUGUUGGGACACUUCCUCUGGGGCUGCUGCCUCCAGCCAAUCCGGACACCAGCCUCUUCCACCUCGUGUACGUGGAUGCCAUCGCCAUAGCCAUCGUUGGAUUUUCAGUGACCAUCUCGAUGGCCAAGACUCUGGCAAAUAAACAUGGCUAUCAGGUUGACGGCAAUCAGGAGCUCAUUGCCCUGGGACUGUGCAAUUCCAUUGGCUCACUCUUCCAGACUUUUUCAAUUUCAUGCUCCUUGUCUCGAAGCCUUGUCCAGGAGGGAACUGGCGGGAAGACACAGCUUGCAGGUUGUUUGGCCUCGCUAAUGAUUCUGCUGGUGAUAUUAGCCACUGGAUUCCUCUUUGAAUCAUUACCCCAGGCUGUGCUGUCGGCCAUUGUGAUCGUCAACCUGAAAGGAAUGUUUAUGCAAUUCUCAGAUCUCCCCUUUUUCUGGAGAACCAGCAAAAUAGAGCUGACCAUCUGGCUUACCACUUUUGUUUCCUCCCUGUUCCUGGGAUUGGACUAUGGUUUGAUUACGGCUGUGAUCAUUGCGCUGCUGACCGUGAUUUACAGAACACAGAGCCCGAGCUACAAAGUCCUUGGACAGCUUCCUGACACUGAUGUGUAUAUUGACAUAGAUGCCUAUGAGGAGGUGAAGGAAAUUCCUGGAAUAAAAAUAUUCCAAAUAAAUGCCCCAAUUUAUUAUGCAAAUAGUGACUUGUACAGCAAUGCAUUAAAAAGAAAGACUGGAGUGAACCCAGCCUUCAUAAUGGGAGCAAGAAGAAAGGCCAUGAAGAAGUAUGCUAAGGAAGUUGGAAACGCCAACAUGGCCAACGCAACCGUCAUCAAAGUGGAUGCGGAAGUAGACGGAACAGAUGGAACCAAGCCUGAGGAAGAGGAGGACGAAAUAAAAUAUCCCCCAGUAGUCAUCAAGAACACAUUUCCUGAGGAACUGCAGAGAUUUAUGCCGCCGGGGGAUAACGUCCACACCAUCAUUCUGGAUUUUACACAAGUCAAUUUUAUCGAUUCCGUUGGUGUAAAAACUGUGGCAGGGAUUGUAAAAGAAUAUGGAGAUGUCGGUAUUUAUGUGUAUUUAGCAGGAUGCAGUGCACAAGUUGUGAAUGACCUCAGUCGAAAUCGAUUUUUUGAAAAUCCCGCCUUACUGGAGCUGCUGUUCCACAGCAUCCACGACGCGGUCUUGGGCAGCCAAGUGCGAGAGGCGCUGGCAGAACAGGAGGCCUUGGCUGCUCCUCCCCCAGAGGACAACGAGCCCAAUGCCACUCCCGAGGCGUAGAUGAGGCGCUCAGCCUGGGAUCGGGUAGGAGCCUCUCAAGAAGUUACUAACCUACUAACCCACACACUUAAAACUAGACACUAGAUGGUCCCCCCUAAGGAUAAAUCAUAGUAGUCAGGCUUAAUUUGGAGGGUGAAUGACGCAUCACAAGAUGUAUCUUACUUUUUUUUUUCUUCAGUUGACUAUUUCAAAGAUAUUAGCUCUUGCCCACCUUUAUUGUGUAUUUCUGUUACUUUUUAGUAUUUUCUUUGUAAUCCAAGCACUUAGGAAUUGAUUUCCUUAGAGUACUUUACCUGCAGAUCAGAGAUGCUGCCACCAGAUGGGUGAUACUGCUUUGCUUUUGUAUUUCUUGGUCUAUGGACGUUCUGUAAUCAGUUAGCUCACAGAGGGGGCAAACCCACGAUUCUCUAAAAGCUCUUUUAAAAUAACCACGUAUUGUUAUAGAAGCAAUGUAAGUAGAUAGCAGAAGAUUAGAAAAGACAGACAAGCAAAAAUAAGAAAAACAAAUUACAUGGCCACCACUAAGAGCUUAUUGCUAACACCUUCAUGCAUAUCCUUCCAGAUCUUUUUCUGUUAUAUAUAUUUACAUCUUUUAAACAAAAUAAGAUCGUACUCUACAUAGUGUUCUGUAACCUGUUUCUUUCAGUCAACAAUAUCUGCUUUCUCAUUCUAGAGCGUGUUUAUUUCAGACCAUAUUCAAAUUUCCCUAAUUGUCCUCGCAUUUCUAGUUGAUUUGUCUAAAUUUUAGUGUUCAUUCUGUGGCCUUACACUACACACUUGUUCCCCGAAGUCACAUAAAUCUGUCUUAAUCUAGCACUGUCCCUUUUUUGAUGACACUGACUUGUUAAAGGGAGUUGGGCAGUUGUCCUGUAGAAUCCCAGCAUGUCCACUGCUUUUUCAAGGUGUUAUUUAGCUUGUCCCUUUAUUUCCUGAACUACCUGUAAUCUAGAAGUUACAUCUAACUAAAGGCUUUGCAGAUUUGAGUAAAACAUUUUUGCUAGAAUAUAUCACAGAUGAGACACAAGCCUGAAAUCACAUCACAGCAGAAAACAGAAGUAAUAUCUAGUUCACCUACCAGUAACAGUGCUGAGAUAGUGACAACCAAUCCCCCAGUUACAUUUUGUCCUUUGUGACUAGUGAGUUGUCUGUAUGGUGUUCCUUUCGCAUUGAAUGAAGGUCCAGUUCCCCAUUAACCAUUCACCCAGGGGUUUUAACAGCUGGUGAUAAUCCUUGCCUAAAUCAGAAAUUGUGAGCUUUCUGUAUUUUUUUCCCAAUUCUCUCAUUUCUUUUGCAUUAAUUAGUUAGUGUUUCUAUGUAAACUAUAGCUUUCCUGCCUUAGCUUGAGCUAUUUGGUCACCUUUAAAUACAGUUCUUACUGUAAAGGCAGGUUAAAUGUUUGUUUGUUUGUUUGUUUAAUUACCGACUUUAAGGAGUUGAUUUAAUAGAAGGUGACAAAUUAGGUUCUUUUAGAUUUCUUUUUGUUGUGAUUAUAGGCUCAUGAAUUUUUUAUACUUUUAAUAUGUUUCAGUCCUUUAUAGUUAUUCUUUCUGGUGGUCAAAUUGUCAUACCUGUGGCCAGCAGGAGCCCCCAGAAGUUUUGUUGUUGUUGCUAAUAGUGAAAUAGCAUUUAAGACCAUGUAUUUUAGAAAACUAACUACUAGGUCUACUUUAAUACCCUCCUUAGAGGUCUAUAGAGUUAUCAGUUACUUCUUCAUCAUACUCAGUUUUAAGCCGAUGAGUGAGCCAGUACUAUUUCAAGCACUCUCUGUAGUUGUUCAGGAGUGGGGAGACCUUUAAGCCAAUUUGUCAUCAGAAGUUCCUGCUCCUGCAGUCCUAACCACCAGCCCAUUCCAGAUCACAGCACAAGUAUAAACCAACCUGCCCAAAGUCUCAUCUGCUAAGAUUUCCUGCUAAUAGUUUGUCUUUUUUUUUUUAAUGUGUUUCCUUAUCGACUCCUUGUUUUAGUUUUCAUGAAGAAAACACUUCAGGAGAAAAGUGUAUCAGGAAAGAACUAGGCUAACAUGGGUCCACCCCAAACCAAACCCUACGGUUUGUUUGCUUUAACUCCUAUCACAUUUCUCAGUGACUUUAGUAAUCUAAUUCAAAGUAGACCCCCUCCUUUCUAAUUAAUACAUUGUCUGGACCUAGCGUCCAGAAACUAGAUUUGCAUCCAGUUAUUUCCUUUGCAGCCGUCACACACAAGAUCAGGUACAUCUGCAUUCUGAUACAGACUGCCUUCUGAAAGAGCAUGUAGUUGUAGGACCUCAGCUUACACUAGAAACUUUUAUAAAAGGGCUUGCAUCAUUUCAGCCAUUAAUGUAGAACUGAACAACUUUAAACAAUGUUAUUCAAUACGUCAUUGCAUAUUUUUCAGCAGCAGUCUUUAACAAAUGCUUUACAUACAGCACAUACGCAAGUUCUGGUUGCUGAUAGAUUGAAAGUAGUAAACAAAAAAGUACUUGUCUGUAGCUUACAAUUUGUAUUUAACUUUUCCGUCCUUUAAUUUUUCACCUAUUUUGAAUAGAAUUCUACCAUGUACAUAAAAAGCACUUAAGUCCUACUGAGGGGAAGUAUGUUUUUGUUUCAGUAUGCCUCUGAGAACGUAAGAGUGCAUUUCAAAAUUUAUUUUAUCUAAAUGUAAAUAUGUUUAGAAUGUUUUGCUUAGAAUUUUCAUAUAGGAAGGAAAUUUCCUGACCUUUUUUACCUAGGAUCAAGUUUUGUCUCUACCUCCUUCCUGGAUGUUAGCAGCUGCUACUAUAUGUCUAUGUUUUUCGGCCCUGGUUCAAAUUCAGAUUCUCAUUGCCCUAUCAGAAUCCACACUGAUGGAUAGAGGGACUAGACUAGCCUUAUUUAUGGCAGUAUAGGAAAGCCCUAUUUUCAGAAAGUUCCCAUAAAGUGAAGUUGUCUUUCUCAAAUCCUAUGCAUUGUGACCAUGGUUGACCUCUGCCUCAUGGAUGGGUAGAAUAUGUUGGCAAACCGUUGUGCCCCAGGGCCCAAGAAAUUCCUAACUCAUGUCACCGACACUGACUCUAUAAUCAUACAGCAGCUGAGAGUGGGAUCCCAAUUGCCAACCACAUCUGCAGUGGGACUCAGAGAAAGUGAGGGGUAUGAAUCCCCUGCAAGUCCUGGGAGAAGCUCAUUUUGUAGUUUGCAGGUAACAUCUCUUUGUCCAGUCCAUGUGGUUUGAUCCUGUAUCCUUACCUAUUUAACAGAGAAAGGAGGUGUCUGCCUCCAAAGGUACAUGUUGAGAAAAUGAGACUGCCCUCGUGUGUGCAUGGAGAGGGUAGCAACCCAGAGAAUCUGCCCUGCAGUGGGUAGGUGUGUUGUUCUGUGUUUGGGAAUUGGGGGGUGCCCUUGUGUGGGGAUGAGUGAGGGAAGGGUAUGUGGUGAGGAAGACUUUAUCUAUUAUGUCUGCCCCUUUGGGGCAGUUUGCUCCUUGGUGUGAGUCUGUAUGCUUUAGUGAGUGCAAAAAUGCUGUUGGUUCUUUUUAGUGUACCUUUUAGGAAUGCUUUUAGGAUUCAGUUUGUUUAGAUUCUUGAUCAUAUGGGUUGAGAACUGGUAAAAGUUGGUCUGAGGACUGAUAAAUGUAUUAUUUAAUUCUCUAAACAUAUAGCCAACCAAAAUGCAUGCAAUGGUUUCGAAAUCCCUUAAAUCCCAACGGAAUGUUCAAAAGCCAGGACUGCACCAGGUAACCUGCCUGCUGACUGACUUGAAUCUAAUCAGGUUUGAGCAUCUCAAAAACCUGUCUUGCCUUUGAAAAAGGCUUACCAGGUUUUUCAUUGUACUGGUGUAUAGCAUUUCAACUUGAUAUCACAGAUGAACCUGAGCUUGUGGAAAUUAAGUUUUCAUAAAUCUAAUCACACUUUUAAAGUGUUUUUUAAAGGAUCACUGCAGUAUUUUUCUAGUCACAAACUCUGUAUUCUGAUUUAUCAGUACCCCAAUACAUGUUUAAACACGUGUGUCUAUACAUACACAUAUGCACAUGUAUAUACACACACAUUUUAGGUGCAGGGAGUUACAAGUGAAUGUCUAUUUUUUCUUUUUGAAUAGGGUACAGAGAUGUUAAUCUAGAUAGUGUUAAUUCCAUCUGUUUACACAUGCCCAGGCAGAAACACUCAAGAUUUUUCAAAUAAGCCAUUGUACAUUUAUUUCAUUGUGACCAGUUAGAUUUUAAUCAUGUGACUGAGAUGUCAAGAUGAUUCAGAGCCUAUGACAUGUUAGGCCUGAGUGAGCUCAAAAUAUCCAAUUUGUGUUGCCUCAGAUUGGUACGUGUGAUGUGUGUGGCUAUGAGAAAGUGCUAAGACUUCAAGGCAUAUGUUCUCAAUGCUUACAUUUAUCAAAAUAGUACAAAAACAUACACCUUUAGUCAUUCAGUUGAAUAUAUUAUAAGUGUAACCUGGAACUAUGUCACUUUAUUUCAUACCUCAUGAAAAACUAGGCUUAGGAAAAAUUUUAUCAGUUUCACAAAAAUGAAGUCAAGAAAAGAUGUUGGAUUUUAUGAAUGGUUUUAAUUUUUCUGCUUGAAAACUUUCAUGUUUUAAAUACAUCAGUGCAACACUUACAUUUUCUCUGUGUCAGCUUUUUCUUUUGUGAAUUAAAGUGUAUCCAGCUCUAUUUUGCAUUACUUAUUUGUGAAUAUUGAACUGCAAUAAAAAUAUUCUUUAUUGUG